UCAACCUCAUAUAUCUCCUCCAUCUUUAAUGUUUGUUGCACGUCAAGGUUAUCAAAUUCUAGAAUUAACAUCCAUGUUUGAACCUUUUAAAACUUUCUUCACUUUUCUUGAAAGAAAGACCAAAUUCCUUGGCCUCAAUCAGCCAAAGAGCAUGGAUAUGAUUGGUUGCUGCUACACCAGAAAACCAAACAACAAUGGGUUCUCAUCAUCAUCAUCAUCCAAGGUAUCAUUACCCUCUUCUUUUGUUGAUAUGGGAAUCUCUAACCAAUUGAAGCAUGUUUUCAAGCUCAUUGACACCAAUGGUGAUGGCAAGAUAUCAACCACCGAACUCAGUGAGUUUCUCUCAUCAUGCAUUGGAUACAAGAAAUCCAUAGCUGCAAAAGAAACUGAGAGCAUGUUUAGUGUGUUGGAUUCAAAUGGAGAUGGGUUCGUUGACUUGGAUGAAUUCAUGGUUGUUAUGAAUGAAAAUGACAAAAAGGAUAAUAAUAAUAAUAAUGAUGAUGAUGAUGAAGAAAAUGAUUAUUUAAUGGAUGCUUUUCUUGUGUUUGACACUGAUAAGAAUGGUUUAAUCUCAGCUAAGGAGCUAAAUAGGGUUUUGAUGAGUUUAGGGUUUGAUCAGUGCAGUGAGAAAGAGUGCAAGAACAUGAUCAAAGGGGUUGAUAAGAAUGGAGAUGGGUUUGUAGACUUUGAAGAAUUCAAGUCCAUGAUGAAAUCAAGACAUGCCAACUAAAACCUUAGUUUGAUUUUAAAAAAAUUAACGAGAAAUAUUAUGUAUUUAUUA